GUCACUGCUUUAACUCAGCACUGUGAAUCGAUCACUUUCUCUCUCUGUAGCACUAGUAGUUAGAUCAGCUCGUCACAUUGUGCAUGGCACUGCAUCUGAGUCUGUUGCGCUUCCGCGUGCGCUCAACAGGAGAAAAGCCACAAUUACAAAGCUUCAAAACUUAAAAGCGAUUUAAAAAUCGACAGUGGAUCGAUCUAUAUCUCAUCGUUACCCAGCAAAUCUACCAUAAGGGACCAUGUUACCAUUUCUUGCUUGAGGGAAAGACUCUUGGGCGAGUUUGGCACGGUGUAGCCUACAUCACGCGCAUCUCCUGAACGCUGAUUUUCUUUCACACGAUUUGGAAACGCUUUUUUUGCCAUGGCCGCGCCACAGAACGGAUCUAACCUAACUGGGAACUUGACCAACCAGUUCGUGCAGCCGCCGUGGCGCGUCGCGCUCUGGUCCGUCGCGUACAGCUUCAUCCUCGCCGUCGCGGUGUUUGGGAAUCUCAUUGUGAUGUGGAUCAUUCUGGCGCACAAGCGAAUGCGAACCGUCACCAAUUACUUUCUGCUCAACCUGGCGUUUUCGGACGCGUCGAUGGCCGCUUUCAACACUUUGAUCAAUUUCGUUUAUGCCACGCACGGAGAUUGGUACUUUGGAGAAUCCUACUGCAAAUUUCACAACUUUUUCCCCGUCACGUCCGUCUUUGCCAGCAUUUACUCUAUGAGCGCGAUAGCGGUUGACAGGUACAUGGCCAUUAUCCAUCCUCUGAAAUCACGGCUCUCUGCCACCGCCACUAAGGUGGUCAUUGUGUGCAUCUGGGUGCUGGCUGUGGUUUUGGCCUUUCCUCUCUGUUUCUUUUCAACCAUCAAGAAAUUACCCAAGCGGACCCUUUGCUAUGUUGCCUGGCCCAGACCUGCAGAGGAUCCUUUCAUGUAUCACGUCAUAGUGGCAGUGCUGGUGUAUAUUCUGCCCCUAGUGGUGAUGGGUAUUACCUACACUAUUGUUGGCUUGACACUGUGGGGAGGAGAGAUUCCUGGUGACUCAUCUGACAACUACCAGGGCCAACUGAGAGCCAAAAGAAAGGUAGUCAAAAUGAUGAUCAUAGUAGUUCUGACGUUCGCUAUCUGCUGGCUCCCAUACCACAUUUAUUUCCUUGUUACCGGCUUGAACAAGCAGCUGGUCCGAUGGAAGUUCAUUCAGCAGAUCUACUUGGCAGUCAUGUGGCUUGCAAUGAGCUCCACCAUGUACAAUCCCAUUAUCUACUGCUGCCUGAACAGCAGGUUCAGGGCCGGCUUUAAGCGGGUGUUUCGCUGGUGUCCGUUCGUGAAGGUGUCUGAUUAUGAUGAGCUCGAGCUCAGGGCCAUGCGAAUCAAAGUGGCCCGCCAGAGCAGCAUGUACACGAUGUCACGAAUGGAGACGAGCGUCGUUGCCGUGUGUGACCCCUCGGACCCCUCCGCCCACCCGGCCCGGAAGAGCCUUCACAACCAUCAGCACAACGGCUCUUCCAAGUCUGCCCAGAAGGAGGAGUUCUGCUGAGAUGGACUUUGAUGUGAGAUUCAUACUGAAGUAUCAACCACAGUAUCAAGUCUGGUGAAUAAGAAGAAAAGCAUGAAUUUUCUCAUUUGCCAUUGUCAUCAUAUUACUAGAAAAUGAAGCAUGGAUUUCAUUAAGAUGUCUGGUGUGCUUUGGUGAAUUUGUUGCCUGUAAAGAAAAAAAUGACUUUGAGAUCCACCACCAGCCCUCAUCUUCUCAAAGACCAACAUGUAGCCCUGCAUCAAGGGAGCACUUUGUCUAGUUCCAGAAAGCAAAGGUUUCCCUUUGAUGCCAAUCAGGCACCUUGUUCUCUUACAUCAUACGUGAGCGAGCCAAAGGUUUUGUUUCUCCCAAAGGUCGAACGUUCUGUUCUGGUUAAUUUAUCUCAUGAUGUUUAAACAGUUCAGGGUGACCUCACAUCAUGAGCAGAAACAUUAGUAGGUGUGCAUCUCCAGCACACCGGCAGCUACUACAGUAUGUGGCUGAAUCAUGGAGAGAAAUUUAAAACAUGUUUUAUUGAUGAGAAUCAAAUAUGUAAAAUCUUGACUGAUCUAAAAUAUUUUAAAAUUAAAGACCAUUUGGCCAUUUGACUAAUAAUGGUUUUAUACUACACCCUCAGAAAAAAAGAUACAUGAACUAAAAUGUUUCUCAUGAUCUUAAAAAUCGUUUGAUCUAAAGACGUAUCCUUUACUGUUCGUAAUGCAAAACUACAGUAAGUGUUUUUAAAUGAUUGACUUAUAGGGCCACUUUUACAUUGAUUGGACACAAAUGUGUGAGGGCAGUGUGGGAACACAACCACCCACAAAAAAAAAAAUCUACCCACUCUUUCUCUUUUAAUCCCCAUUAAACCAAAGCAGUCUCAUUAGACGUCAGUGAUGCGCGGGUCAAUGUAUAAACAUCCCGCACCCGACCGACGUUUUCAACUAACCCGCCCGCAACUCGGACUGCAAAAAAAUACAGUAUUGCACCCAACCCGCUUCCUGGCCUGCAUUUUCAAGUAGUAAUUGUUUAAAAUAGUUAAUUGGCAUCUUUAUUUCAAAUGACCUGAUCGACCGCAACCCGCAUAUCAUUAAAAAUAUUUUUUGAUGACUGUUAGACAUGCUGUUUCGAUUCCCUUGUUAAUGUGAUGUCACACUGAUAAAGCCCCACCCAAAGCCUCUGACUGAGAGUCCUGCAUUACCAUAGUUUCUGCCCUCAGAGAUUUCUACGCUGUUCGCCGUAUCUCAAUAGUGAGAUACUAUUGUCUCAGAUAUAUAUUCAGUGUUGGGGAAAGUUAAUUUUAAAGGUGCAGUGUGUAAAUUUUAGCGGCAUCUAGUGGUGAGGUUGUGAAUUGCAACCAAUGGCUCAGUCCACUGCUCACCCCUCACUUUUGAAACACAUAGAGAGGCUACGGUAGCCGCCACCGGACAAACUUGUCAUCGUCAGAGACAACUUAGUAAAAAAAUGUUGUCCUUUAAGGGCUUCUGUAGAAACAUGGCGGCCCAAAAUGGCGACUUCCACGUAAGGGGACCCUCGGUGUAUGUAGAUAAAAACGUCUCAUUCUAAGGUAAUAAACACAUAACGGUUCAUUAUGAAAGGUCUUUAUACACCACUGAUAAUAUAGUUUUGAAUAUUAUUUUGCAUUUCUGUCAAGAGAUCCUUUUAAAAAUUACACAUUGCACCUUUAAAAGUAAUGCAUUACAACAUUAAGUUACUCCCCAAAAAAGUAAAUAAUUGCUUUAUAGUUACUUUUCAUGGAAAGUAAUGCUUACGUUACUUUAUAGUUACUUUUGCAUUACUUUUUCUUGGCUAAGGCUUGAUCUCUUUCAGGCCUUGCAAGUGUUUUUUAUGACUGAAAAGUUCUGCAUUCAGAAAUUGCAUAUUUCAUCACAAAAAUGUCGAGCUCUGGCCUGCCAUCACAGGCGUGUACGCAUAGCGUGCUAAUGUGAAUAUAUUUAGUUUAAUUCAGUACAUAAUUUUUUUAAAUCAAAUUAAUUAAACUAAAAAAGUAACUUGUAUAACUUUUUUGAAAAAGUAACUUAAAUAUUAAUGUGUACAUUUAAAAAGUAAUGCGUUACUUUACUCGUUACUUCAGAAAAGUAAUAUUAUUACGUAAUGCAUGUUACUUGCAAUGCGUAACCCCCAACACUGCUUACUGUAUAUUACAUCUUGUAUGGGCAUAAUAGGUACCCUUUAAAUAAAGAAAAGCAGCCAAUCAGAGAGCAGAAUAGAUUAAAAUUUCUCACUACAGUAAAAAAAGACAUCCUACAUUGAGACCUCAUGAAGCUGCUAAUAUACAGUGGUAUUUCUACGCAAAUUGAUGACUACAUUGAACAUGCCAAAAUAGCUUAGUUUGAUUUUUUAGCACAACAUCAUUUCUAUAGCUCCAUGUAUGUUAUUUCCUUGUUCUAAUUAGUUUAGUAUUGUUUUAAAAUGUGGGUUUAGAAGAAAAUAUGUAAUAUAAUAUAUAAAUACUGUAUAUAUAAUAUUUAAAUAUGUACCUUAAAAACCUGUCAACAGAUAUUACACAUUAGUGACAACAUGCGCCAAUAUCAUGAACUAUUGAUUGUAUUCUAUUCACAUAUUCACUUUACAUAUUGCAUUUUAUUUUAAUAAGACAGCACUAACAAGGUGAAAGAUAAAAAAGUCUGACCGUCUCAAAUGGAGGAAAGGCAUUUUCACACCUGAAUAAAAACCCUUAGACGACCUCAUAAUGAUGCGUGUCCCAUUCAUACUUCUGUUUUAUCUUGCUCUUAGAUCAUUUUCGAAUGGUUUUAUAAUCAGCAGGGGAAUCACUGGUUCUCCAAGCCACUGAUCUCGCCAGGAAUUCUGCCCAGGAGUUCGAAAUCUGUGU